GCGUCGACAUCCUAUCCUCCUGCUUCGACCAGUUCAACGUUCAAGUCCAUCUUUUUCUUUUUCUUCUGGGAUGCCAACUGCUACAACAAUGAGGGUGCCGGAUGCCCCGAAGACACGGCCAUCCACAUCUCUUGUAGCUCCGCCAAACAAAACGCCUCAGUUUACGAUCGACGCACAGAAUAAAUCGUAUAAACAUCAGUAUGCUAACAUAUAUUUCGUGCGACUACGCUUGUUACGUGGUUUCGUAGAGGAACAGGCGAAAAAGAAAUGGAAUGAAGUAGCAGGAAAUCCGACUUUUGUCCCUCGCGUGUUGGACGUCGAAAAGGGACAGUUAUGCUUUAUUAUUGGUACCGUCUAUAUGGACAUGCCUCUGAAACCGAAUGUUCUGGAUGACAUUGCUCGAGAUCAUUCAAUACCGGCGCCUCCUCCGCGAAAGAAAUUCAACUCACCUGACGAUAUCAUAACCCUCGAAGACGAGUCUGGUCGUGUAUGCCUAGUGGGUGAUCGAAUACGCUCGGCUGGCCUUGUGACCGGUGUGAUCAUCGGUGCCCUUGGUAUUGAGACAAAUAGCGGGGACUUUGAAGUUGUCGACUAUGUCUUCGCCGGUAUGGCACCUCAAGUUUCUUCAGAAUGGGAUAGUUCAAAGCGCGGGGAGGAGAUGGAUAUAGAUGAAUCCGGCGACGAGUUUCCUUCCGACGAAUGGAUAGCACUGGUAUCGGGACUGGAGGUCGGAGCGCCUUCACCUACAGACGGCGAACUUGAACUGCUUACAGAAUUUCUCACUGGAGAGCUCGGAGGAUUAUCAGAACAAAAUUCGGCUUCACGGAUAUCACGUCUCAUAAUUGCUGGGAACUCCCUGGCACCAGUAGUCAGCACGUCCAACAGCGUCACCGAGGAAGUCGACAGAAAGACUCGUCGGUACGGUCAGGAAUCCGCGGCGUUUUCUCCACAUCCCACGAUCAACCUUGGUGACCACCUUCUGGAUAUCGCCCGAAGUAUGCCUAUACACGUCCUUCCCGGUGAAUCAGAUCCAUCGGGAACUAUUCUUCCUCAGCAAACCCUUCCCCGUGCGAUGUUUGGUGGCGCGUCAGCGUAUUCUUCAUUCAGAUGCGAGACUAAUCCCGCAUACAUCCACAUUGCUUCCGGGUCAGCCUCUAAUGCCGCAGCAAAAAAUGGAGCUUCCUCAUCAAAAGUGGAUGCGUCGGAACGACGAAGAACGCUAUUGGUUAACUCGGGUCAGCCACUGAAUGAUAUGUUCAAAUACCUCGACUCGCCUCCUCAUACUCGCCUCUCCAUCGCGUCUUCCACAUUGCAUUGGAGACACAUGGCACCGACUGCGCCAGACACGCUUUGGUGUCACCCCUAUUUCACCACGGAUCCUUUCAUCUUCGCAGAAACCCCUGACCUUUAUAUCAUUGGGAACCAGCCUGCGUUUGGUACGAAGAUGGUCACUGACAAACAAGAUGAGGACGAGGCGAGGUGUAGAAUUAUUCUUGUCCCCGGCUUCAGGCAGACAGGAACACUCGUGCUGGUCAACCUACGGACGUUAGAUGUCAAAACGGUUUCCUUUGCAGCCCAGAGUAUGGGCGGUGCCUUGAGUAGUGAUGUCUAGAUUUGCGUCUGUAAUACCAGAUUGUACUUAUUCUGUUUACUGUUGGCUGACACUGUAUUCGUACUAGCCAGGACAUGAAUUCAAGGUGACUUCAGCUCCGCCUCAGCCAACUGUAUACCUUCAGACAGGGUAAGGGGAACAUCUGGAAUCCGACCAUUAUCGAGCUCCGUCCGACACUCUUUCCAAAUAUUGCUACUGAAAGCUUUUGACAAAGGUGGCUCGAUAUUGUCACGAGGGGAAUGUGGGAGUUGCGCGGGGCGCUUGCUGUUCAAUAAGGCCUCCGGUGUAGAAGAGGGCGUGUAGGCAAUGCGGACUUCAGUGAGCAAGGUGGGGGACACUGCAGGCGACGGCAUGUUUGGAAAUGGCGACAAGGCAGUUUCGUGUUUCAUUUCGGGCUUUGAAAGCUGCGAUUUGGGAAGCUUCGGAGGCGAACUCGAAGGAAGAGCGCUUUGAGAAAGGAGAUCACAGUAUUCCAUGUCUUCGCUAAUCAUACGGGAUACCGACGGGCUGAUGAGUGCCGUCUCCAGGACAGGUGAGAGUCUCUUCCCGAAACCUAGGCCUGCUAGGGCACGCGACGGCGAGUUGUUUGACGAAGUCGAUGUAGGCAUGACCAUCCAGGUGAAUGAAAGAAGUUGCUUGCUUAGCAUGCACACUCAAACUCAAGUGACAGAAUAUGUUCGAUGAGUGUCAGCCUGUUUCAAUUUCCUCCGCGUUGCCUCGGCCAGUUACUGCUGCUCUUGAUAGCUAUAGUGUAUUGUGACCUAACAAGACUAAGUGAGAUCAGAUAGAGGUGCGACAUACGAAGCAGAGUGCCUGUAUAUCCUCAAGUUGAAUUCAGGCUGAGGAAUAAAGCAAUCUGGGUCGGUGUGGUUAGAUCCUCAAAGUUCACCCAUACUUAUAGGAAAACCUGGAGUGCAACACGAAACCCAUUAAGAGCCAUACGAAAUCAAUCAUUGUAGAUAUACAUGAAUUUGUAGCUUCGUUGUUCCGG